CAGGACAAGCAGGGGGGAAGUACUGGGAGAACUGGACGAGCAGAGAGAGGGACAAGCUGUGUCGGUGAACACCUUAUUAUUCGAUAUUUUGGGAGUUUUUAGAAAAUAUAUUGAUCACAAUUCUCCCUGCUGAGGAGGGGAAAUGGAAGCCUUCCGAUACGUUUUUCUGCUGGUUUGGGCUUGCUUUAUUUUUCAAGCAGAUGGACGCAAAACAUAUGGCGACAUGUUCUCCCACAAACAUGCAGUAGCAGGGAAGUUACCAUUUCCAAUUCCACCAAUCCCUGGCUGGGAUCCUGACACCAACCCAUGGGAUGAUUACCUCUACCCUCCACUAAACCCAAAGCCAAACGAGCUCAUGCACCACAAAGGUAAACCCAAGGUUCGUCUGACCAGCGACAGUCCGGCUCUUAACGGCUCUUGCAUCUCCUUCACUGCAAAGCUGGAGUACCCACCAUGCCAGAAGGAGGAUACCAGUGGGAACAUCGUAUGGGAUGAGCACUGUGAAGAUGGUAUGGAGCUUGAGGCCUCAGCUAAUGGACAGGUGCGUUCUGGCUACGUGUACACCUGGACUUCCUGGUUGGAUGACUAUGGCUUUGGAAAGUGUACAGACUUGACAAAAUGCAAUGUGUUUCCCGAUGGGAAGCCCUUCCCUCAGAGCAACGACUGGAGCCGCAAGAGCUAUGUCUACGUGUGGCACGCAAUGGGCCAGUACUACGAGACAUGUGACGGCUCCUCUUCCAGUUUGACCAUCAACACCACCAAGAUCCCUCUGGGGGCAGAGGUCAUGGAGGUUAUGGUCUACAAGAAACGUGAGCGCAGGAAGUACAGCCCCCUCACCACUGACAACACCGUCUUCUACGUCACAGAUAAGAUCCCAGUGGCAGUCAAAAUCUCCCAGAAGUCUGCGGUCAACCAGUCUCAGAAUGUUUUCUUUCGUGGUGAGGACGUGGUCUUCAAAGUCCAGCUCCAUGACCCCAGCGGCUACCUCAAAACCGCAGCCGCAAUUGACUACAUCUGGGACUUUAGAGAUGGUAACCAGCUGGUGACACACCGCGAAGUGACCACACACAGCUAUAGCGCACUGGGGAGCAUGAGUGUGAAGUUGGUGGUGGAGGCAGCGUUCCCUGUAGAGUGUCCGCCAACCUCUGCCACCCCGACUCAGAGGACCUCCACGUCUCCACCUCCCACAGAGGCUCCCACACCUCCACCCGGUACUCAUGCUGGGACAGUCAAGAUGGAAACCACUCACAUGCCACCCACUACCAGCCAGCCCCUUCCCUCCUCCUCGUCCAUUGCCGUGACAACAGGCAUGCCCACAACGGAGCCCCUUCCCCCUACUGUUGCCAAUGCGACCCCAGAGUCCAACCCUACCGCCCUGGCCUGGCUCCGCACCAAACGCUUCAACAGCAACGAGUGCUACCGCUACGCCUAUGGGACCUUCAUGGGUAACAUCACCAUUAUUGAGCCCAAACACGCACUAAACAGCCAGUCAAACAGUCGCAUUGUGGAUGUGUCGGUUGCCAGAGUGACCAACACGGAUAUCAGCUUCCUGGUGAAAUGUCUGGGCAAGUGAGUAUAUAACUGUUUCAUUACCAAUUGACUGAAGUUUAUA